UGGAUGUGAGGAUGGGACACACUUUUCUGUGUGUGCUGUUGUUGACCUUGUUGGAUACACUCCUCUACUGUGGACAUGCUCAAGAUGCUGUGCUAACUACUGACCCCUACUGGUCACCUUUGUUCACUGGAGAGUCUGUUACCUUCAUAUGUGACAUGAAGGAAGGAGGAGUCACUGACUGGGAUUAUAAAAUCAACAAGGAUGGUGGAGAAUUUACUCCCUACAACAUAGAUCAACGCUACACAUUAAAUCCUCUGUCUCCAGGUCACAGUGGUGAAUAUCAGUGCUGUGGUUCCCACAAGAGAUCAAGUCAGACAAAGUGUAGUAAAACUGUCACUUUAACUGUAUCUGCAUCAGAUAUACCCAGGGCCACACUGAAAUCAGGACCAACAACCAUACCAGUAGGAGGCAGAGUGACACUGACCUGCUCUGUGGAGCCCUCUGCUGGAUGGAAAUAUGAGUGGUUCAGACAUAGCACGGACACCUCUGAAGUUCAAGUCGAAACAAAUGAUGGAGAAAACAGAGUUAUCAGUGUAUCACAAGGAGGAAUCUACUGGUGCAGAGGAGGAAGAGGAAGAAGAGGAGAACCAGUUUACUACACUUAUGACAGUGAUCCAGUCACCAUUGAGAUAAUCAUUCCCAACAAGGCUGUUGUAACACGACAACACAACUGGCCUCAGAUAUUCAGAGGUGAGAAUAUCACUCUGACAUGUGAGGUCCAGGGAGGUGAAGACACUGAGUGGAUAUAUGACUGGAGAAAACUCAGGUCAUCUACACACUGGACAAACAAUAAAUACUGGACUUUCACUGCUUCUGAGUCCAGCAGUGGAGACUACAUGUGUAGGAGUAGACUCAGAGAUGACUCAUAUUCUUCUACAGAGUGGAGUGAAGCCAUCACACUGUCAGUAUCUGGUAAACAACCUGUCCUCUCUGUGUCUCCAUCAUGGCUGAGUCCUGGAGCCUCAGUAACUCUGAGCUGUGAGGUUGAACAUCCAUCUGCAGGAUGGAGGUUUUACUGGUAUAAAGCUGUUCCUGAUCUAUCACACAAAUAUCAAUAUUCCAACGAUGAGCUGCUUCCUGGUAGCAUCAAUGGAACUGAACAAGAUUCCUACAUCAUUGAUGGACAGACACACACAGCAGGAUAUGUGUGUAGAGCUGGAAGAGGAGAGCCAGUGUUUUACACUGAUUAC